UUUUGAACAUGUGCGGUAAACACGGAAAUUCGAUGACACCGUCGACUGAUUAUUUUGUGUCAGCAGAAAUCGACAGCGAGGAACUUGAUGUCAGUCUUGUUAUCAGUAUCGUGUAGACGACAGGACUGAGGCAUCAUGGGAGUCCAGGGGUUAUGGCAGCUCCUGCAGGCAGCAGGGAAGCCAGUGUCGCUCGAGUCCCUGGAGGGGAAGAUACUGGCAGUCGACGUGAGUAUUUGGCUGCAUCAGGCAGCAAAGGGGAUGCGAGACAAGGAUGGAAACCCUUUGCCCAACGCCCACCUUCAGAGUCUGUUCAGCCGCGUGUGUAAACUCCUCUUCUACAAGAUAAAGCCAGUGUUCGUGUUUGACGGUGGCGUCCCCAUACUCAAGAAACAGACACUGGCUGCAAGACGAGAGAGGAGGACGGAGGCUGAGCAGGAGGGGGACAAGGCCACCAAGAAACUGCUGCACAACCUCAUCCGCAGUCAGGCCAUCAAGCACGCCCUCGGACAGCCAGCAGAGGGCAGCACCAGCGCUGGCAUAGCUGCAAUCAGGUCGUCAGGCAGGGGGCGGGACCUGUUUGAGUUACCUCCCUUGCCAGAACUAGACAAGGAGACAACAGGGGGCUUAAACUACGGUCAUGAAGAUGAUGAUCCUUGGGAGGAACGACAGUUGCAGCAGAGAAUUGUGGAGGAGGAGUUCCAGUCUCUGGACAGUAUUGACGUAGAGUCUGACGACUUCCGCUCCCUGCCGUCGGAGAUCAAGCACGAGAUUCUCACCGAGAUGAAGGAGAUGAGGAAGAGGCGCCGACUCGGCAAAAGAGUGGCGUUGCCCGAGAAUUCUGAUGACUUUUCUUCCUACCAAAUGAACAAGCUUGUUAACCAGAGCCGCCUGACCAACCACAUCGAGUCUGUCCGUAGAGAGAUGAACGCCCAAAACACCGCCGACUUUUCUCAGGCAGUUGGCAGCGAAUACCUGGCUGGAGAGUUUGAGUCUCGCCGUGUGGUGUCGGAGGAUGCCUCUCACUACAUUCUCAUCAAAGGCCUCAGCAAACAACGGCAGGUGGAACAGGCGGUCCGAUGCGAGGAUGUCGUCACUGACGUUGAUGCUGAUGCAGUAAGGAACGUUGUGACGGAGGAGGAGAAGAAGAUGUUGGAAGAACCUGAUGAGUUGUUGAUCGAUAGCGACAAGGACAAAAACUACACUUCUAACACAGCUGAAAACUCCCGUGACAAUGACUGUUGUAUUAAUAUUGGUCCAGACGUUUUCGAGCAUCACAAAGGUGACGUAAACGUUGUUAAUGUUGAAAGUUCUUCUGAAAGUGAUGAUGUUAAACUAGUUACUUCUGUGGAGAAAGAUGUGAAAAAUGAACCAAAACAUGAUACCGUUCCUCAGCCGGGAGUUCAGAUUAUUAUGAAUGGGAGUGGGGAAUCAGAACACGUUGACAGGGGUCACAAGAUGAAGAGAAAGGUUGAAACGGAUGAAUGUGAAGCUGAGAAAGUGAAGAUGUCCAAGCUGGCUGCUGAUGUGAGGAUAACCGAUGAUGCAGGGAGCGUCACGAAGGACAGUCCUCAGGCCCAGCAGGAAUCCGAGUCCGAUGAUGAUGAAGGGUUUAUUGAGAUAACCGUCGACCCGGCUGCUGCUGCUGCUGACGACCUGUUCCCCGCCGACAUGUUCCUCGCCUCUGCUCCCACAUCUCACACAGAGCCUGCCUCGUCCUCGGACAUGGUCACAGACAGUACUGGCAGCACAAACAAGAUGUCUGGUUCUGUGUCGGCUGGAAACAUUCCCGCACCUCACACUGAACAAGUUGUCCAGCAGGCAGACGCAGUACAGGUGGCUACUGAGUCAAAGGUUUACCCAGAGUUCAACAUUGAGGACUACCAGCUUGAUGAGAGUGAAAGUGAGGCUGAGGUGGCGCCCCCUAGUGAGGAGGAAGCCAGCACUGACACACAAGGACCAUCUGAAGAGUUCAAGGGAAUGUCUACAGUUGACUUGGAGGACAUGCAGGAUGAGCUAGUGAAUGAGAGUGAGACACUGCGAGCUGAACGUGGGCGUCAGGAGCGCCUGGCAACUUCCAUCUCAGACCAGAUGAAUGUGGAGGCCCAGGAGCUGCUGCAGCUGUUCGGGAUCCCCUACAUUGUCAGUCCCAUGGAGGCUGAGGCUCAGUGCGCCCAGCUGGACAUCCUCGGGCUGACCCAUGGCACUGUCACUGACGACAGUGACGUCUGGCUGUUCGGUGGUACCAGGGUGUACAAACAUUUCUUCAACCAGAAGAAGUCUGUAGAGUUCUACAACUUUGCUGGCAUCCAGGCUAAGUUUGGUCUAGACAGGGAGAAGCUGAUCAUGCUGGCCUACCUGUGUGGGAGUGACUACACUGAGGGAUUUCAAGGGGUGGGGCCUGUCACUGCUCUGGAGAUCCUUGGGGAGUUCCCCGGCCACAACAUAGAGGGACUUCUUGCACUCAAGGCAUGGUGGGAUGAGUCGAGGCAACAGGACAAGAAGCCGGUGACAACUAAAGUGAGGACCAAGAUACGAGAGAUGGAGUUCAAGGAGGGUUUCCCUAACCCUGCAGUCAUGGAAGCCUAUCUCAACCCAACCGUAGAAGAGUCCACUGAGACUUUCUCCUGGGGCUCACCCGACCUUGACCUUCUCAGAGAUUAUGCCAGUGAGAAGUUGGGUUGGAACAAGCAGAAGGCAGAUGACCUCGUGCUGCCAGUCCUCAAGCAGCUCAACAAGAAGGAGACACAGGCUAAAAUCAAGAGCUUCUUCCAACCGGAAUACUUCAUGGAAUCGAAGCAGACGGUCAGCAAGCGUGUGAGACAGGCUCUGAAGAAAGUGAGGGGGGCAAAUCACAAUGAAGUACCUCAAGUCGUCACAAAUGAAGACAGAAUUCAAAGAGCAAAAGAAAUUUUGGGAAUGCCAAAAGGAAGGGGGAAAGGUCGAGGUAGAGGUAGAGGUAGAGGUCGGGGCAAGGUUAGAGGUCAAAGGCCAGAGAUCAAGGUGAAGGAUGAAGUUGCUUUAUCAGAGAGUAGUUCCAGCGAUGAAGGAGGGUUUUUCCGUGAAGAGCAGGAGGAAGGUGAGGAGAUACAGAAGAAAUCAGGAGAUGGAGUGAAGAGAGGAAAAGGGAAGGGAAGAGGAAAAAACAGGAAGCUGGAUGGAGACUUUGACAGUGUCAGACACACUGGAAGUGUGUCGGUUAGAGGACAAUCAGUUCGCUCAGCUAAGAAAUGAACUUUCCCAAGGACCAGACAAUGAAGUGGGAACAAUAUGAUGGAAUUUAUGUUGAGGCAGCAAUGAAAUACUGGUACAUAUCAAACUAGGCAGCAAAACUGGAUUAAUUUGUCUACCUCAAUACUGAACAAAAUAUAUUGGCCUUGGCAUGAGUGUAGGCAGAUUCCAUUGAAAUGUUAGCUAAGAAUCUAUUUAGGGGCCGAGCUGAAGCGCAAUGGCUUGUGAUUAAACUGGUGGCACAGUAAACUUCAGCUACCAUGGUUACUCAUAUUGAAACAAAGUGUAAAAAUCCACAUUGGCAUCUGAUGAGGCUGCAGCAUUGACCCAAGGGAAAGAACUCUGCUCGCUCCCCUACAUGAGGUCAAAGCGUCUUCAUCUUUUUCACCCUCUGUCAUUCAUUCUAUUCCUGGCAGUGUUACAUAGAAGAUGUAUAUUUAUUGUCAUGACCUUGUUAUAUUUACUUGUUUACUUGAGUUAGUUUUUACACGACACAGUUUACACAAUCUUGAUCCUGCCUUUUUACUCAGGGAUUGUCUUGUAUUGUAUUGUACAUACAUGUUUAAUGUCAUAAUUCUGUAAAUUAUUUUUAUUGAAGUGCUGAGAACAGUCUCAUUAAAUCUGAUCAUUAUCUUCGAUCUGAUACCUCUUGCUGUGAGAUCUGACAAACCCUGCAUGAACCAAUCACAGUGAAGGAUGAGUAGGAGCCAAUAAGAUGUCGGCCUUCUAGCAGGAUUCUGCUUCUGAUCUUUACCAUCUCAGUCUGGAAGGACAGUACAUCCUUUUGGCUGUAGAUGCCAUGGUACUCAGAAACCACAAAGUGUUUAACAUACCAUGACAAAAUAAUAAAGCAGCCCUUUUUAUUUUGCAUUCAGAACUGUCCAUUCAUGUUCAUUUCUGAUAUAAGGAAUCCAGAUAUGCCGCUCUGAAAUUUUUGAAUUGCUCAUUCUGAGAAUUUAGAAGCCUCUAGCUGAUUGCCUGGUUAUGAAGUUCACCUUUCUUGAUGUUUUCACAGAGAGCUAUUGUAUCGGAAUAUAUGACCAUGUUUUAAUGAGGUUGGUCCUGAUGUCUGCUAUGAUGAAAUUUGUACAAUUGUUAUAAUGCUUGUAAUAUUUGGGAUGACCUCUCUAUUUCCUUGUAUAUUUUUUUUCAGGAUCCUCCCCAUAUCCUUGUACUUUUUUUAUGAUCCUCCCUGAAAACAAACUUUGUGAAGAGGAAGGGACUUAGUGCCCAUCCUUGCCUGAGUCCACUUAGACACUUAAAAGUAGUCCCUGGUUGAUGUGUCAGUUGCUUUCACAGCAGACAGGAUCUUAGAAUACAUAUUCUUCAUCACUUUAACUAAUAUUCCAUGAAAAUAAGUUGUCAUCAAUGAGGACUACAGGUUACACACAACCAAAUGUUUUCCCAUAGACUUCAAUAGUAACGUUAUUUUAUUUUUUUAAAUAACUAAGCAUUCAACAGCUAUUACCUGUACGUGUGUGCACAGUUUGGCCUUCG